CCCCUCUCUGGGACUCGCGCCAGCCCCGCGCACUGGGAUCACCCCACGGCCGGCUCCGGGAGCCGGGCCCGGCCGCUCAUUGGCCUGCGUGAAAGAGCCAAACUGUCAGCCCAUGUGGCGUGGCCACGGGAGGAUGGCAGCUGUUUAAAUAGGGUCGGGAGCUGGAGCUAGAGGGAGACAGAGAGAAAGGAAGCGGCCGCCGCAGCCUGAGCAGCAGCUUCAGCAGCAGCCCGAGCAGCAGCUCAGCAGCAGCUCCACUCAGCCUCCCGCCCCGGGAUCCCUCAGCCGGCAUCCCUCGCUCCCGUCGCCGCCAGCAUCAUCCCCGCGGCCUGUCCGAGCCGGGUCCCGACCCCUAGUCCAGUCCCGCAGUUCCGCAACUGGCCCAGAAAAGAACUGAAAAAUGGAGGAGGUGGUGAUUGCAGGAAUGGCUGGAAAAUUGCCAGAGUCAGAAAAUCUGCAGGAAUUCUGGGAUAACUUGAUCGGAGGUGUGGACAUGGUCACAGAUGAUGACAGAAGGUGGAAGGCAGGGCUCUAUGGACUGCCUAAGAGAUCAGGGAAACUAAAGGACCUCUCCAAGUUUGAUGCUUCCUUCUUUGGGGUCCACCCCAAACAGGCUCACACAAUGGACCCCCAGCUCCGAUUGCUCCUAGAAGUGACCUAUGAAGCCAUCGUGGAUGGAGGCAUCAACCCAGCUACACUCCGAGGGACCAACACUGGUGUAUGGGUGGGUGUGAGUGGAUCAGAGACUUCAGAAGCCUUGAGCAGAGACCCGGAGACACUCUUGGGGUACAGCAUGGUUGGCUGCCAGCGGGCUAUGAUGGCCAACAGACUGUCCUACUUCUUCGACCUAAAAGGACCAAGCAUUGCCCUGGACACUGCGUGUUCCUCCAGCCUUGUGGCUCUGCAGAGUGCCUUCCAGGCCAUCAGUUCUGGGGAAUGUUGUGCUGCCAUCGUAGGGGGUAUCAAUGUCCUGCUCAAGCCCAACACCUCAGUCCAGUUCAUGAAAUUGGGUAUGCUCAGUCCGGAGGGCGCCUGCAAGGCCUAUGAUGCUUCAGGGAAUGGGUAUUGUCGAGCUGAGGCUGUGGUGGCUGUCCUAAUGAUGAAGAAAUCUAUGGCCAAGAGGGUCUACGCCACAGUAUUGAAUGCAAGCACCAACACAGAUGGCUACAAAGAGCAAGGUGUGACUUUCCCCUCUGGUGAGGUGCAGGAACAGCUAAUGCGAUCUUUGUACAAAGAUUCUGGAAUCUCCCCUGAAUCACUGGAAUACGUUGAAACCCACGGCACUGGCACCAAGGUGGGGGAUCCUCAAGAAUUGAAUGGCAUUGUCCGGGCUUUGUGCCAAUCUCGCCAUGAGCCGCUGCUAAUAGGAUCCACAAAAUCAAAUAUGGGCCAUCCAGAGCCUGCCUCAGGAUUGGCAGCCCUGUCCAAGGUGCUUCUCUCUCUGGAACAUGGGGUCUGGGCUCCUAACCUGCACUAUAAGGACCCCAACCCUGAAAUCCCUGCCCUUCUGGAUGGGACACUUCUGGUGGUUGACAGACCAAUCCCUGUUAAAGGUGGCAAUGUUGGCAUCAACUCAUUUGGUUUCGGUGGCUCCAAUGUCCAUGUCAUUCUCAAGCCCAACACCAGGCGAGCCCAUUCCCUGCAGCCCCCAUCCUUACCACACCUGCUGCAGGCCAGCGGGCGGACUGAGGAAGCUGUAGAGACACUGCUGGAGCAGGGCCGGUUGCAGGCCCAAGACCAGACUUUUGUGAGCAUGCUCAAUGACAUUGCCAUGGUGCCCACAGCCAGCAUGCCCUACCGGGGUUUCACUGUGCUGGGUGGUGAGAGCAAUACCAAGGAGGUCCAGGUGGUAACCUCAGGCGAACGACCCCUCUGGUUCAUCUGUUCUGGUAUGGGCACACAAUGGCGGGGGAUGGGCUUGAGUCUCAUGCGAUUGGACAUCUUUCGCAACUCCAUCUUGCGCUCUGAUGAGGCUGUGAAAGAGUAUGGCCUCAAGGUGUCCGACCUGCUUCUGAGUACCGAUGAGAACACCUUUGAUGAUAUUGUCCAUGCCUUUGUCAGCCUUACUGCAAUUCAGAUUGCCCAGAUUGACAUGCUGAUGGCAAUGGGCUUAAAGCCAGAUGGCAUUAUUGGGCACUCCUUGGGUGAGGUAGCCUGUGGCUAUGCUGAUGGCUGCCUCACCCAGAAUGAGGCUGUCCUUGCUGCCUACUGGAGAGGCCAGUGCAUUAAAGAUGCCAAGUUCCCUGCAGGAAGCAUGGCAGCUGUGGGGCUGUCAUGGGAAGAAUGCAAACAGCGCUGUCCCAAGGGUGUUGUCCCUGCCUGCCAUAACUCCGAGGAUACAGUCACCAUUUCAGGGCCCCAGGCUUUAGUGAGCAAAUUCAUUGAAGAGCUGAAGGCUGAGGGAGUAUUUGCUAAGGAAGUGAGGACAGGCGGUGUUGCUUUCCACUCCUACUUCAUGGAGUCCAUUGCUCCUGUGCUGCUCCGAGCCCUUAAGAAGGUGAUUAAAAAUCCCCGGCCCCGCUCCCCUCGAUGGCUCAGCACCUCCAUCCCUGAGGACCAAUGGAAGGGUACCCUGGCCCAAACAUCCUCAGCAGAGUACAAUGUCAACAACUUGGUGAGCCCAGUGCUCUUCCAGGAGGCCCUGAGGCAUGUCCCUGACAAUGCUGUGGUGUUGGAGAUCGCCCCCCAUGCUCUACUGCAGGCAGUCCUGAAGAGAGGCUUGAAGCCAACCUGCACAAUCAUUCCUCUGAUGAAGAAGGACCACAAGGACAACCUGGAGUUUUUCCUCACCAACAUCGGAAAGCUCCACCUAACUGGCACUACCGUGAAUCCCAAUGGCCUUUUCCCACCUGUGGAAUACCCUGCCCCUGUGGGGACACCACUCAUUUCUCCUCAUAUCAAGUGGGACCAUAGUCAGAAUUGGGAUGUUCCCUCUACCAGCGAUUUCCCCAAUGGCUCAGGAGGUUCCUCCUCCUCCACCAUCUACAACAUUGAUGCAAGUGCUGAAUCCCCAGACCAUUACCUGGUAGAUCACUGCAUUGAUGGAAGAGUCAUCUUCCCGGCUACUGGCUACUUAUGCCUGGUCUGGAAAACCCUGGCACGGUCCCUCGACUUGCCUAUGGAGGAGAUGCCUGUGGUAUUUGAAGAUGUCACCUUGCAUCAGGCCACCAUCCUGCCCAAAAAAGGCACUGUGUCUCUGGAGGUACGACUCAUGUUAGCCUCUCGAACCUUUGAAGUGUCUGAUAAUGGGACCCUGAUUGUGAGUGGGAAAGUGUACCAUUGGGAGGAGCCAGAUGCCAGCCUUUUCGAUUAUCAGCCAGGACCAAAGCCAGCAGCCUCCACUGCCAAGUUCAGCCUGUCCAAGGGUGAUGUGUACAAAGAGCUGCGGCUUCGUGGUUACGACUACGGUCCCAACUUCCAGGGGAUAUUAGAAACCAACCUCGAAGGGAACCUGGGAAAGCUGCUAUGGAAGGACAAUUGGGUAACCUUCUUGGACACUAUGCUGCAAAUCUCCAUUGUUGGGGAAUCUCAGCGCUCCCUACGCCUCCCAACACGUAUCACCUCCAUCCACAUUGACCCUGCCACCCACCAGCAGAAAGUGUAUCAGCAUCAGGAUGAGACACAAGUGGCAGAUGCCUGGGUGGACUCCUGUUUAAGUAACACAGUGGCCGGUGGCGUCCUGAUUACACGGCUACAUGCCUCUGUGGCCCCUCGGAGGCAGCAGGAGCACCACACGCCCAUACUGGAAAAAUUCUGUUUUGUGCCUCACUUGGAGAGUGAUUGCCUGACUGACAAUGCCGAGCUUCAGGAAGAGCUGCAGCAGUGCAAAGGCCUGAUCCAGAAACUGCAGACCAAGGUGGCUCAGCAUGGGGUAAAGCUCUCUGUACCAGGGCUUACUGGGGCAGAGGCUGCUCCCUCCAGUGAUCCCCCACAGAAGGGGCUGCCCUAUCUCCUGGCAGCUGCCUCUCAGCUGCAGCUCAAUGGAAACCUGUCUGUAGAGCUGGGGCAGGUGGUAGCUCAGGAGUGGCAGCGCUUGCAGGAGGAUCACCUGCUGGCAGGGCUCCUGGAUUCCCAAGAGCUGAAGGCCUGUGUGGAUACAACCUUGGAAAACAUCACCGGUUACAAGAUGAAGGUGGUAGAGGUUCUAGCUGGAGAUGGCCACUUGUACUCCCGCAUCCCUGGCCUUCUCAACAGUCAGCCCAUGCUCCAGGUAGACUACAUUGCUACCGACCGUCAGUCCACAUCUCUGGAAAGCCAGGAAGCUCAGUUACAACAGCAGGGCGUCUCCCUGGGCCAGUGGGACCCAGAUGAGCCUGCCCCUGACAACCUGCACAAUGCCGACCUUCUGGUGUGUAACUGCACCAUAGCUACCCUGAAGGAUCUCACCACUGCUCUGAGCCACAUGAGAGCUGCCACCAAGGAUGGAGGAUUUCUACUGUUGCAUACUCUCCUCAAAGGCGAGACCCUGGGGGAGGUAGUUGCCUUCCUUACCUCCAACCAGCAUCAGAGACAGAGCCUCCUAAAUCAGGCAGAGUGGGAGAAUGAAUUCCAGAAGGCUUCCUUGCAUCUAGUAGGACUGAAAAAGUCCUUCUAUGGCUCUGCUAUUUUCUUAUGCCGCCGGCUAGCCCCUACCCAGAGCCCCAUCUUCCUGCAAGUGGAAGACACAAACUACAAAUGGGUGGACUCUUUAAAGAACAUUCUGGCAGAGCCCUCCAACCAACCAGUGUGGCUGACAGCAACUGGCUGCGCCACCUCCGGCAUUGUAGGAAUGGUGAACUGUCUCCGAAAAGAACCGGGCGGGCAGAGAAUCCGGUGUGUCUUGGUGUCCAACCUCAAUUCCUCCUCCACCAUCCCCCAAACCAGCCCAUCCACCAAAGAGAUGAAGAAGCUACUACAAGAAGACUUGGUGAUGAAUGUAUAUCGGGAUGGAAAAUGGGGGGCCUUCCGCCACUUCCCACUGAGAGAAGGCAAAACCAUGAUUCAGACUGAGCACGCCUUUGUCAACGUCCUGACCCGAGGGGACCUUUCUUCCAUCUGCUGGGUAUGUUCCCCGUUGCGCUAUGCCCAGCCUUCUGGCCCCAGUGCGCAGCUCUGCAAGAUCUACUACGCCUCACUCAACUUCCGGGACAUCAUGUUGGCCACCGGCAAACUCUCUCCUGAUGCCAUCCCAGGAAAAUGGGCCAACCGGGAUUGUAUGAUGGGCAUGGAGUUCUCCGGGAGAGAUGCUGAUGGCAGACGGGUGAUGGGUCUGGUGCCCGCGGAAGGGCUGGCCACCUCGGCACUCCUUUCCUCAGACUUCCUUUGGGAUGUGCCUGCCAACUGGACCCUGGAGGAAGCUGCUUCUGUGCCUGUUGUCUAUACCACAGCCUACUACUCCCUGGUAGUCCGUGGAGGCAUAAAAAGGGGAGAAACGGUGCUCAUCCACUCUGGCUCUGGGGGUGUUGGCCAGGCUGCCAUUGCAAUUGCUCUGAGCAUGAAUUGCCGGGUCUUUACCACAGUGGGGUCGGCGGAGAAGCGGGCCUAUCUCCAGGCCAGAUUCCCCAAGCUCGAUGCCACCAGUUUUGCCAAUUCACGGAACACGUCAUUUGAACAACAUGUGCUAAAACACACUGGCGGAAAAGGAGUAGACCUCGUCCUGAAUUCUCUGGCAGAGGAGAAGCUACAGGCCAGUGUUCGGUGCUUGGCUCAGCAUGGUCGCUUCCUAGAGAUUGGAAAGUUUGAUCUGUCAAACAACCACGCCCUAGGAAUGGCCAUCUUCCUGAAGAAUGUGGCCUUCCAUGGCAUCCUGCUGGAUGCCCUCUUUGAAGAAGAAAAUAGUGACUGGAAGCAAGUGGCAGAACUGCUGAAGGCAGGCAUCCAGAGUGGUGUGGUCCAGCCUCUAAAGUGUACUGUCUUUGGGAGGGAUCAGGUGGAGGAUGCCUUCCGCUACAUGGCCCAAGGGAAGCACAUCGGCAAAGUCAUCAUCAAGGUGCAAGAAGAAGAGAAGCAAGCUAUGGUGAAAGGAACAAAGCCCAUCCUGAUCUCAGCCAUUUCCAAGACGUUUUGCCCCAACUCUAAGUCCUACAUCAUCACAGGAGGACUUGGUGGCUUUGGACUUGAAUUAGCUCAAUGGCUUAUUCUUCGAGGGGCUGAGAAACUUGUUCUGACUUCACGUUCAGGCAUUCGGACUGGGUAUCAAGCUAAGAGGAUUCAAGAGUGGCAGCAGGAAGGUAUCCAGGUCCAUGUGUCCACAAGUAAUGUCAGCACACUGGAGGGAGCCCAGCAGCUGAUAGAAGAGGCCAUCCAGCUUGGGCCUGUUGGAGGCAUUUUCAACUUGGCUAUGGUCCUGAGAGAUGCUAUGUUGGAGAACCAAACCCCAGAAUUCUUCCAGGAUGUCAACAGGCCCAAGUACAACGGCACAAUUAACUUGGACAGAGUGUCACGGGAAAAAUGCCCAGAACUGGAUUACUUUGUGGCUUUCUCAUCGGUGAGCUGUGGGCGAGGCAAUGCCGGGCAGAGUAACUAUGGUUUUGCCAACUCCACCAUGGAGCGUAUCUGUGAGAAGCGGAAGCAUGAUGGCCUUCCAGGCCUUGCCGUCCAGUGGGGAGCCAUUGGUGAUGUAGGCAUUGUCCUGGAAGCCAUGGGCACUAAUGACACUGUGAUUGGUGGAACCCUACCCCAGCGUAUCUCCUCCUGCCUGGAAGUCUUGGAUCUUUUCCUUAACCAGAACCACCCUGUCAUGAGCAGCUUUGUGUUAGCUGAGAAGAAGGUGAUGUCCCGUGGUGAUGGAGAUGGCCAGAAGGAUCUGUUGAAAGCAGUGGCACACAUCCUCGGCAUCCGAGAUGUAAGCACGUUGAAUCCAGAUAGUACCCUGGCUGAUCUGGGCCUGGACUCCCUGAUGGGGGUAGAGGUGAGGCAGACCCUGGAGCGCGAGUAUGACAUUGUCAUGGCCAUGAGGGAGAUCCGGCAGCUCACCAUCAAGAAGCUAAAAGAACUGUCGUCCCAGUCUGGAGCAGGAGAAGAAUCAAAGUGUCUACCGGCCAAAGAAGUCUCCCCUAUCCGAGAAACCAAAUUGAAUCUGGGGAAUCUGCUGGUAAACCCCGAAGGGCCAACAAUUACUCUGCUUAAUGCUGUGCAGAGCACAGAGAGACCCCUUUUCCUGGUCCAUCCCAUUGAGGGUUCAAUAACCGUGUUCCACAACCUCGCUGCCAAACUCAGCAUCCCUACCUAUGGCCUGCAGUGCACUAAAGCUGCUCCCCUGGACAGCAUCCAGAGCCUGGCUUCCUACUACAUUGACUGCAUCAAGCAGGUCCAGCCCGAAGGGCCAUACCGCAUCGCUGGCUACUCCUACGGGGCUUGUGUAGCCUUUGAAAUGUGCUCUCAGCUACAAGCCCAGCAAAUCCCAUCCCACUCAAACAACAGCCUUUUCCUGUUUGAUGGGUCUCAUGCUUAUGUUCUAGCCUACACGCAGAGCUAUCGAGCCAAGCUGACCCCAGGUUGUGAAGCAGAAGCAGAGACAGAAGCGAUGUGUGCCUUUGUCCAGCAAUUCACAGACACUGAAUACAACAAGGUGCUGGAGGUGCUCCUGCCUCUGAAAGAUCUGGAAGCCCGAGUCUCUGCCACAGUGGACCUGAUAACCCAGAAUCACAGGCACAUCAGCCGCACAGAGCUCAGCUUUGCUGCGUUUUCCUUCUAUCACAAGCUGAGGGCUGCAGAGCAAUAUAUCCCCAAAAUCAAGUAUCACGGCAACGUGACCCUGUUAAGGGCCAAAACCAGCAGCGAGUAUGGCGAAGGCCUAGGCAAGGACUACAACCUGUCUGAGGUCUGCGAUGGGAAGGUGUCUGUCCAUGUCAUCGAAGGUGACCACCGUACAUUGUUGGAGGGCAAUGGUCUGGAGUCCAUCAUCGGCAUCAUCCACAGUUCUCUAGCAGAGCCUCGAGUCAGUGUACGAGAGGGCUAGGUCUCCUCCAUCUCCUGGUCCCUUCCUGCAGUCACAUCUCCUGUCACUAGCAGGAGAUGGAAUUAUGAUGACUUUUCUUGUCAUUAAAACAUUCCCUCUCAUACCUUCUUCCCUCUCCUCCCUCCAAUCUCCACCUCCCACCAUAAGGAGACACCCCAUUAAUACAAUUUUGCAUCUAAGCUGGGUCUGAAGGAAAGUCCUCCUGGUGGUAACCCACCCUAUGCCCUGCCCCGCUGCUGCUGCAGUUGAUACCGUGCCAUCCUCAGCUGGCAUUUUUGGAACAUGUGCACAUGCUCACUCAUCUCUCAUCUUCACCCCUCCUCCCCCUGCCCACAAUCUCCUAAGUAAGGAGUAAAAUUUGUUCAAGGCCAUUAUUGUCUGUGAUCAUCUCUUACUAUGUUCCCCAUGCAAAAACUAAAGGCCAUAAGGCCAUUUGCAACUAGCCAGGUACCAAGACCAGGACACCAGGGUCCAGGCUGAUUUGGAGAUUUCUGGUUUUGAUCUGUGAAGAAUCAGCUGAUGGCCAGCAAGAAGAUGGGGUUGAACCUUUUUCAUAACCAUGUGGUGUUUUUGUUGUGUUUUCAUUUUUCAUUUGAGACUUUGUAUUUAUUGCAUCAUCAGCAAAAAAGGGGGGUGGGAGAGGGUGGGGCGGGUUAUUCAUCUGCUGUUUGUGAAAAGACCAGAAGAAAUCCACUGGCAGAUGCUUCUUUCCUAAAUCCAGAAUUCUCUGGCUAUUUCUUUCUUUCCAUGUUUUGUCUGGGAUAUCUUUGAUCUGCUUUUACCAUAGUAAAACCAUGGACAACCAUAGUUGUCCAUCUCAACCUAAUAGUGAAGAAAUGAAGCUUCCCAUUCUCCCGUCUCAUCUACAGGAAGGGGAGAGAAUGGGGUGGUGGGAAUUUAUCUCUUCCCCCCCCUAUCCCCCUUCCUCCUGCCCUUUCCUGGAACAGAAAGAAAAUGGGAUGGGGUGGGGGGAACUCCACCAGAGGAAUUGCCAGGCUUGGAGUGGUUUCAGGAGCAAAGAAAUGUGGGCUUCACUGGAAGGUCAGCCACCAUGGGAGAGCCUGUGUGAGGACUUGAUUCUCAACAAGAAGAGGAAAAGAGACGUUUUGUUCCUCUGGGACCCAGCAAGAGUCUCCUUGCCACUACGUGCUGGUGUGCCACACAGGCCUUGAGGGGAAUGGACAAGUGAUUCCCAGCUGCAUUUAUGAUACAGAGGCUAUUGGGACAGGAGCCAGGAUCCUACCACCUCCCCCACAGGGGCCCCCUUUGUUUUUCCUCUGGCAGGGGGGCCUCCUUGGAGGCUGGUUCUGAGCCUGUACCUGGCUGCUAGCACCAUCCCCUCUGUGGAUCGUGGCUGGGGCACUGUUUCGUUUUCUCUCUUUUUUUAAUUAAUGUUUUUUGUCUUUUUUUUUUUUUUUUGAGAGAUACAUUUAAUUCAAACUGCUGCUUGAAUUUUGAAAAUUUCAAUGUAAUUGUCAGUGUAAAGAAUCAUGUUUGGAUCCUGUUUCAUUCUUACACCCACUUGGUGAAAGUGUUACUCUUGAGAUUGUCCUGCUCCCCAUCCCACAGACCUACUGAUAUUAAACCACAUGGGAUCUCUGACCAA